AUGUCUCUUGUCAGCUCUCAUCGCGCCGCCGCCGUCGCGCCAUCUGCGAGACCAAGGACCCUGCUGCUUUCGAGGACUGGAUCGGAUGAGCGAGGUUGGGAUACCAAGAGUCGAAACAUGCAGCUCAAGGAUGAUUGGCCAGCAAGCUAUACCUUCGGAAACACAACAGCUUGGGAGUCUGAGAAUGACUGGCCCAUUGCUGAGUUGAUGGCGGACAUGCACCAGGCGCUGGAUCGGCUGGAAUGCCCAAGCGCUGGAGACAAGAGUUCGAGUAGAGGUUUUAUUCCGCGGCAUGAUCUUACAACCAAAUUGUCGCGCUCUCUCCCAUCAACAUUUGAGUCCUCACCGGAAUCAUGGAGUCCAGCACCGCGAAACUAUGGACCCCCACCACCACCAUCAUAUGAUGAAUCGAUUGCAGACAUGCCCCCAGACUACACUUCCACCGAUGCGCCAGCCUUUGCGAAAACGCUUGAUUACUUACCAUUCCCUUCUUUGCGCGCUUCAUUAUCCUCUAGUGUCAAUGGUUUGCGCAAACGCAACAUUUCAUCUCCAACGUCUUCAUUCUUCCUCGAUGUGAAAUCUCCAUAUGUAGACAUCGACUUUGGCUACAGUGACACCGGCAUCAGAUCGCAUGCAAAGAAGAGCAAGAAAGCAGCAGCCACUAAGAAACCUGCGGCAGCAGCUGCACCAGUAGACGAAGGCAACAAGGGAGAGGAAGCUGGUGGUGGCGACAAUGGUGGGUGUGACCCGCCUGCAGAUAGCGGGGCUGGAGGCGAUGGUGGCGACGGUGAUAAGGGGAAGAAAAAGACCAAAAAGGAGAAGGAGGAAGAGGAGCGCUUAAAGAAAGAGGAGGAGGAGCGUGUGAAAAAAGAGGAGGAAGAGCGCCUGGCCAAGGAAGAAGAGGAGCGCUUGCAAAAGGAGGAGGAAGAGCGUCUUGCAAAGGAGGCUGAAGAAGAGGCCGAGCGCAAGAAGAAGGAAGAGGAAGAAGCGGCCGCUGCAGCUGCAGCGAAACCGUCGAUACUAAGUGCCACCUCAGGCUUGAGCUGGGGGAAGGAACCAGCUUCAAACACAGACGACUGGGCUGCGUUUGGUGCGGGCGCUCCCGGCAAGAAGAAGAAGGGCAAAAAGGGGAAGACGGCCGAGCCCGCACCCCCGCCUCCUCCUGAUCCUCCAGCGGAACCGCCAACAACAUUCGACGACAUCAACCUGGACGAGGCAAGUGCACCAAAGAUUGACAUGAAUUUCGGUGACACGGGCGCAACUAAACCUGGAUUUGGACUCCCUGGGCUUGGCAAUUGGACUUCUGGUUGGGGCUCGUCGAAUAAAGACACGAAUGCAGAAGGCGACAACCCCUGGGGUUCCUCAGAUAAGAAGAAGAAGGAGGAUGGAUUCGACUUCGACUUCGAUGCAUUUAAGAACCCGCCAGCUGAAGAGAAGCCAGCUGAAGAUGACGGAUGGGGCGGCUUAGGUGCUACAACGAAGAGCAAGAAGAAGAGCAAGAAAGGGGCAUUGAUUGAUGACAGUGUACCGGAAGUUCCUCCCCCUCCUCCACCACCAGAGCCUGAAAAGAAAGAGGAGGACGACUCAUGGGGAGCAUUCAACUUUGGUGGCACCGCAAAGGACAAGAAGAAAAAGAAGAAGGGCGUACUUGAGGAGGAGCCCCCGCCACCUGAGCCAGAGCCGGAGCCUGAACCCGUACCCGAACCUGAGCCGGAACCUGAACCUCCGAAGGUGGAGGUAGAUCCUUAUGCGGGGCUUAGUAAGUCACAGGCGAAGAAGCUAAAGGCCAAGUUGGACAAAGAGGCGAAGUUGAAGGAAGAGGAAGAUGCGAAGCGCCAGAAAGAGGAAGAGGAGGCUGCUGAGAUCAGGCGACAGGAGGAAGAAGAGGCAGAACGGAUACGCCUAGAAGAGGAGGAAGCCGAAUUGAAGAAGAUGGAGGAAGAGGAAGCCGCCGCCGCCGCUGCUGAAGCCGAGAAGAGCAAGAAGAAGGAAGACGACCCCUGGGGCGAUUGGGGCGGUGCAGCUCCGACCGUCAAAAAGAAGAAGAAGGGCAAGAAAGGUGUAGAGGAAGACCUUCCGCCACCUCCACCACCACCUCCUCCCGAGCCCGAAGCCGAGCCCGAGCCCGAGCCUACUCUCGAGGACAAGCCAGCUGAACCCUGGGACGAUUGGGGCUCGGCAGCUCCUAUCACCAAGAAAGGUAAGAAAAGCAAGAAGGGCGUCAUUACUGAACCGAUCGUCGAGGAGCCGCCGCCACCGCCAGAACCGGAGCCUUCCCCACCACCAGAAGAAGAGAAGGGCUCUGACUGGGGUCUGAGUUCGAUAUGGGGUGGAUCGAAGAAGAAGAAGAAGAACCACUCUGUUGAAUUAGACUCAAUUCCCGCACAUUCACCAGAGCCCAUAAUCGAAGAACUCGCUUCUGUUCAUCAACCCGAAGACGUUGAAGAGCCCAAGGAAGAUGAAUCCGACGACUGGGGCGCGCCAUCUUGGAGCAAGAAGAAGAAGAAGGAUCCAAAGAAGGAUGCGCCGGUAGAAGUCAUUGAGGACACGAUAACACCUGUUCAAAAGCCCGAUGAGGAUGAUCCUUGGGGUAGUGCAGCCUUCAACAUCGGCAAGAAAGCAAAGAAGGGCAAAAAGGGGCUUGUUCCGCCGAACGUGCCAACACCCCCAGGAGAGUUUGAUUCAGAGUUUCCUGCACCGAAAGAAAUCGAAGCUCCUCCGCCAGCCGAAGAUGAAGAUAUUUGGGGCGCUGCUGCUACGACAACGACAAAGAAGAAGGGGAAGACCGUGGGCAGUCUUCUCGGCAAAUUUGAGCCCCAAGAUCCUGUCCCAAAGCCGGCAAACGACACUUUCGAGGAUCUUAUCUCGCUUGACGAUCCACCACCAGCUGAGGAACCAGUUGUGGAAGAAGCGCCGGUCGAAGAGAAGAAGAAGAGCAAGAAAGAUAAAGAGAGCACAAAGUCGAGCAGCAUAUGGGGCUCUUUGGGUGGCUCGUCCAAGGCGCCUAAGAAGGAGUCUACCUUGGAGAAGAGAGCACGUGAGAAGCGUGAGAAGAAGGAGCGAGAGGAACAAGAGCGUCUAGAGAGGGAGGCUGCUGAGAAAGAGGAGGAAGAGCGUCUCGCUCGUGAAGCUGAAGAGGCGGCCGCGGCUGAACAAGCGCGUAUUGAGGCCGAGGAAGCCGAGGCAGCACGUAUAGCGGAAGAAGAGCGUCUAGAGGAAGAGAAGAAGCGAGAAGAAGAGUCAGCAGCAUCGAAGCUCGCAGGUUGGGGUGCAAGCAUUUGGGGCGGAGGAAAGAAGAAGGAGACGCCUAGAGAGAAGAGAGCUCGUGAGAAGAAAGAGGAAGAAGAGCGUUUGGCCAAAGCAGCUGCUGAACAAGCAGAGAGGGAGCGCCUCGAGCGUGAAGAAGAAGAGCGUCUUCAGCGCGAAGAAGAGGAACGACUGGAACAGGAACGUCUUGAGCGUGAAGAGCAGGAACGCAUCGCGGCAGAAGAAGCCGAGCGUGCUGCUGAAGAAGAACGAGCGCGUAUUGAAGCUGAAGAACUCGAGGCAGCACGGAUAGCGGCAGAAGAGGAAGAAGCUCGUCGUAUCGCUGAGGAGGAAGCUAAAGCAAGUUCUGGAUGGGGUAUGUUUGGUCUGGGUAAGAAGAAAGAGUCGACAAAGCAGAGACGCGAGCGAGAGGCCAAGGAGAAGAAAGAGCGCGAAGAACAAGAGCGGCUGGAACGUGAAGCCAGAGAAGCCGCCGAAGCCGAAGCCGCUGCUGCUGCUGCUGCGGAAGAGGUAGAGAGAGCUCAGAAAGAGGCUGAAGAGGCCGAGUUUGCUCGCAUCGCCGCUGAACAGGACAUGGUCCUCGAACCUGAGCCACCAGUCUCUUCGAAAGAGAAGAAAAAGAAAAAGAAAAGGGGUGUUGUUGAAGAACUUCCCCCACCUCCUCCGCCUCCACCAGCCGAACCUACGAACGACGACGACCUAUUUGAUCUUAUCAAAGAUGAAGAUGCGGGCGAACUUUUGGCCGAGCUCGAGAAACCCACUUGGAAAGAACAAAAGCAACAGGAAGCAGCUAGCGGCUGGGGCAGCGCAUGGGGUAUCUCUCUCCGCAAGACAAAGCCUGAACCUGCACCCGUGAUUCCCGAUCCGGAACCGGAACCAGAACCAGAGCCCGAGGUAGAAGAACCAAUCCUUGAAGAGCCCGAAGAGCCUCCAGAGGAACCAGAACCUGAGGUCGUCGAGGAACCACCUCCACCGAAACUCUCGUCAAAGGAGGAGCGAAGACUCAAGAAAUCCAAGAAACAUCGACAUGCCGAACCGGAACCGGAACCGGAACCAGAACCAGAACCAGAGCCAGAGCCAAUUGUCGAGGAACCAGCGCCAGAGCCGGAACCAGAACCCGAGGUAGUCGCAGUGGUUGAAAAGCCUCGUAAGAAGCUGUCGUCCAAGGAAAAGAAAAAGCUAGAGGAAGAAAAGCUGAAAGAGGAGAAACGACUGAAGAAGCUCAAGAAGAAGGGGAUAGUCGAAGCUCCUGUGGUGAUUCCUGAACCCGAACCAGAGCCUGAAGUGCCUGCUGAGAGGUCACCUGGAAUUGGCGCAUUCCCUGAUGACGACGGCGACAUGAUGGACUUUGAGGAUGCGCUAGAGCCACCACCAGAAGAGCCUGCCGAACCAGAGCCUGAACCAGAGCCUGUCGUUGAACCCGAACCAGAACCAGAACCAGUACCUGGACCUUCCAUUCUCAAGGAGUUGCAGAAGCUGAAAAAGACUAAGAAGAGUAGCAGAUCGAGAGGCAUGACUUUUGACGACCCUCCUCCACCGCCACCACCGCCUCCAGAACCCGAGAUUGACCCUGAAUCUGAACCAGAGCCAAUCGUCGAAGAGGAAGAGCCGGAGCCGGAAGCUGAACCUGAACCUGAACCUGAACCAGAGCCUGUUGUAGUGGUGCCUGAGAGGAAGCUCAAGAAGUCCAAGAAAGAUAGCAAAAGAAGGACACGUUAUGCAGAGCCGGAACCCGAACCUGCACCUGAGCCAGAGCCGAUCGUUGAAGAACCGGCAGAAGAUGCAGAGCUUGUUGACAUGGACGACGAGGAGGAAGACGCCAAACUUCCCACACCACCUCCAGAAUCUCCAAAAAAGGAGCGCGGCAAGCUGGGUCGCAGUGCUACCACCGCUGGGGGCUGGGGCCUCUUUGGCGCAGCCAAAACCACUAAGACCAGGAGAGUAUCCGGUGGUGAAGAAGGCGUAGGCAAGCCUGAUAUGCCACGCACGAAGUCGGCACGAACCUCGUCCACCCGGGACAACGAUAUGAAGUCACGGUCAUCAGGCUCGAACGAAGCGCACACAUCUAAGCCAAUAGUAUCACGUUCCAAGUCAACACGCGCUGCUACUGGACUAGGUGCCAUGUUUGGUGUUGCGGCGCCGCCCCCACCUUCGCGCUCAAAGUCGCAUCGCACCAAGACGUUAUCGCGCCGACCCUCAAUCGACCAGGAUGCUGCUAUGAUGUCGCCGCCACAAACGGAUACAGAUGCGAGGGUCCCUUCAAAGGCUGCCAAGAUGAUGGGCAUGAAAAGCUCGUCGCGCAGGACCAGUACUAGGGACGCCAGAGACAAGGGCAGGUCUUCUCGAGGUAAGCCGUUCCCCGCUAAGCACGAUGCGCCUGUCAUUGGCUGGCGUAGCCGUAAGCAAACACAUGGAGCUAACCGCAUGGCAGCUGUUCCAGACCCAUAUCCUGUAGACGAUGACCAAGAUCUUGACGAUGAGUCUCCUCCCCCAGCAACCCGUCCAGAACCAUUGCAUCGCAAAUCCAAGCGCGACUCAGCGCAACCCCUAGAACCCGUGACUGCACCGCCUAGUGCCGACGAUCCCAUCAUCGUCGACCCCAUGGAUGUGGACCCUGCCCCAGCUGAGGCUGAACGGCCCCGCCGCGAACGUGAGCGGGAGCGACCUCGUCGUGCGCGCGGCAACUCUGAUGCCAUGGGCACGCUUGCUGGUGUCGCAGGUACUGCCGCUGCUGUAAAGGGCUUCAAGGGAAUGUUUGGCCUUGGUCGCAAGAAGGUCGCACCGGAAGAGGCACCCCGCGAGCGCCGCCGCACCGCCUACGAGACUGAAGACGAGCGCAGACAUCGCAAGCGAUCGACAACCCGCGGAGGCGCAACAGAAGACGAGGCAAAGCGACUGCGACAUGAGCGCCGUAGUCUACGCAAUCCUCCGCCUGAAGAUGUUAUGAUGUCUGGCGCAAAUGGCACACCCGACGACUACGAUGCCGAGCGAGAGGCACGACGAGCUGAGCGCAGGGCUAAGCGCGAUGCGGAGAAAGGAUCUCGACGUGCAGAGCUCGAAGAGGCAGAGGCUAAGGCAGAGCGCCGCCGUGAACGUGAGCGCGAGAACGAGCGAGCGACUCUUGCGGAGAAAAAGGCUCGCCAAAUGGCUGAGUUGGAGCGUCGUAAUCAGGAGGCUGAGGAGCAACUGCGCCGCAUGGCAGAGAAGGAGGAACGCAAGAAGGCACGAGGCGGAGACGAACGAGAGCGCGAAAAACGUUCUUCACGCCGCAAAGACAAGGACCGCGAAGAACCCCGUCCGAAGGCCGAACGCCGUCGAACAACGCACGUGGACGAGGAAGCUGAACGUCGCCGUCGUCACGAAGAGCGCCGUGCUGCUAGACGCAACUCUGACUACCCAGUCCAAGCCAGCGGUGAGCCCAUCACCGACUACUUCGACGAGCGCAACGGCGCAAAACGUUCCAAACACCGCAGUUCGCGCCAGGCUGCGGAGGAAGAAAACAUGCCGUACCUCAACAACAAGAGCGGUGAUAAGACCUCCUCGUGGGUCGAGUCUCUCUCCAACGAACCACCGCUCCCUCCACCUAUCUCCGAGACGGUCCUCGAUCCCGCCCCGGGCAUGCGGGAGGAGCUCGAUGACGAAGAAACGUUCUCCCAAGACGAAGACGUCCGCCUGCGUAUCGCCGGCCGCAAAGGUCCCAAGCGUGACAAGGAGCGCGCCGAACGCCGCAAAGCCGAAGACAAAGAACGCGAGCGCGAUAGGUCUCACAAACAUAGUCGACGGGCGACACACUACGAAGGCAUGAAGGUGCCAGAGGAGGAAGUGGAGAGGAAGAGGACCUCGCGCAGGACGAGCUAUGCGCCUGCGUAUGAAGAGCCCCCUGUUCGCACUUGGGAUGGCAGACCAGCCGUUAACGGCGGUGCGCCUACUGCCAAGAGGGGAAGCUGGAUGAAGAAGUUCUUUUAA